AUGGGUUUCCUCGACUCCCGUGUCGUCUUGCUUGUGUCCCUCUGCAUCUGCGGCGCCGCCUCGUGCUCGACGCCGGACAUGUUGCACGAGAGCUACGCGGGGAAGUCGGAAUUCAGGUCGGUGAACCGGAAGCAGCUGGGCUCGUGCCUGAACCCGAGCCCCUACCUGGCGAUCAAUGUCAGCACCGGCGCGGCGCCGUUCCCGGACGAGGCGUUCCCCAAGGUGACCGUCGCCGGCGUCCUCAAGCCCGACGACUCCGACUGGAUCGCCAUGAUCACGCCUUCCAACUCCAGGUACCGUCUCUGGUGUCCUCUGAGUGGUGUGAACUACAUCGAUAUCGGCGAUCUGGCGAGUCACCCUCUCUCGUGCAACAUGUCCGGCGUUGUCAACUUCCGCACCGACGUCGAGUUCGUCCUCUUCUCCGGCGGGUUCAAGACGCCGUGCGUCCUCGAGCGGUCCGGCGCGCUCCAAUUCGCCAACCCCGCCAUCCCGCUCUACGGCCACCUCUCCAGCACCGACUCCAAGGCCACCUCGAUGAGGCUUACGUGGGUGAGCGGAGACGGGAAGCCGCAGCCGGUGCAGUACGGAGGCGGCAAUUCUGCUAAUUCUGAAACCGCAACGUUCACGCAGAAGGACAUGUGCAGUAUCGCCGUGUUGCCGAGCCCUGCCAAGGAUUUCGGGUGGCAUGACCCCGGGUAUAUCCACUCGGCCGUCAUGACUGGGCUCCAGCCCUCUCAAUCCUACACUUACCGUUACGGAAGUGAUUCUGCGGGCUGCUGGAGUGACACGAUCAAAUUCAGAACCCCGCCAGCUGCGGGUUCAGAUGAGUUAUCCUUUGUGAUAUACGGUGAUAUGGGGAAGGCUCCACUGGACCCAUAA